AUGAAAGAAUCAUUUGAAAUGUAUUCAUCAUUGAAUUCAAAUAAUAAUAAUAAUGAUUCUAAAUGUAAAUAUGAUGAUGAUAAUGAAAAAAUUAUUCAACAACAAACAACAGAAAACAUUAAAAAUAAUAAUGAUGAUAUGAAUAAUGAAAGAAAUUCUUUACAACAGACGACAAUAACGACAAAAACUGCUAGUAUAAUGAUGAAUGUAAUAAGCAAUAACAGCAACAACAUACAACAAAGACAGCAAAAUAAUAUUCGAGCUACACAGCUGAUCAUUCAUCCAUCAUCAUCAUCAUCGAUGAAAUUUUCGGUAACUCCUUUACCAUGUAAUGAUGAUAAUAAUUUGAAUAAAGAAACCGGCUUUGUUGAUAAUGAUAAUAAUGUUGAACAACAACAACAAAUAAAUUGUCGUCGUCGGCGAUCUUUUAACUCUUUUUCGGUGGUGGCGUUGUCGUCAUCACCUACAAUAGCAACAACAACAACAACAAAAACGGCAGCUGUAACAAUAUCGUCUUCAUCUUCAUCAUCAUCAUCAACUUGUUCUUUGUCUACCGAAUUGACCAACAAUGAUAAUAAUAAUAAUGAUAAUAACGGUGACAAUAAUGACCAAAUGUCAAUGACCAGAAAAUUUUUAAACAAUAACAAAAAUAAUGACGAGGAAAAUAAUUCAAUACAAAUGAUAAAAAACAAUAAUGGUAAUGGUGAUCAUAUGGCUGAUGAUAAUGAUGAUGAUUUGAUUAUCGUUAUGGGAAAAAAUACAAAAAAUAAUUCUACAAAUAUGAAUCAAGAGAAUAAAACAUCGAAAAAUAUUGAUGAUCUAAUUACAAGUCCAAUAUUGAAUAAAUUAUCAUCACGAUUAAAUACGAAUGAAAUGUUAAAAUCAUCAACAAAUUUAUCUGGUUUAAAUUUCGAUGACGAUGAUAAUGUUGUUGAUGAUGAUGAUAAUAAUUUUGUCGAUACUGAAAUGAAAUCCAAGUCUGUUUUGGAUGAUAAAGAAUCAGCCGAUGUUGAAGAAAUUACUAUUGAUAAUAAUAAAAAAAGUUGCAUCAAUAAAUAUUCUGUGAUAAAUUCUACAUUAUCAUCACCGAAAAUAAAUAAUAAUAAUAAAGAUCAAGUAAAAUCAAAUUCAUCAUCAUCAUCAUAUUGGCUUGGUGGUUCAGCACGUGCAUUAGCCAUAUUAAAAGCUGCCUCACAAAAUGAUUCAUCAUCAACAAAAUUAUGUUCGAUUGAAGAAUCAUCUACUGAUUUGAAUCAAAAUCUUGGUAUAAGGAAUACGAAAAAAAUGUCACCACAAAUAUUGGAACGAUCACAAUCAUUAUCACCAUCAUCAUCGUCAUCAUCUUAUAGUCGUGGAUCAGCAUUAUUAAAAGCCUUACAACAAAAUCAAUUAAAGUCUAAUACAACUUCAGCAGUGAAAUCAAUUGAUACUAUUUUAUCAUCUUCUUCUAAUAAUAAUAAUAAUAAUAAUAAUAAUGAUUCAUUGGAACAACAAACACCAACAAAAUCAAUGAUUUCAUCAAAAUCAAUACUUAAAUCACCGAAUGAAACAUCAGCUAUAAAAAAGAAAAAAAUGGUUUUAUUUACUGAACCAGUUGUUUCGAAUGAAUUUUAUUUUGAUAUUUCAUCAUCAACAUUAUCAAAAUCAAAUAAUUCGUUGAAUACAAUAUUUCAUAAAUCGAAAAUUUCACCAAAACGUAAAAAACUUAUUCUUUCACCAGUGGCCGAAGAACAUGAUGAUGAUGAUACCGAUAAUUAUAAUAAAACAACUGCAGACAUAGAAGAACCAAUUAGUAAAAAAUCUCGAAUCGAUUGUGAUGAACAUAAUGCUAAUAAUGAUGAUAAUUUCAAUAUAAAAUCUAUUCAAAUUCCUAAACAAAAUCAACCAUCAUCGUCAUGUGAAAAUAUUUUACAAACAAAAUUAGAUGAAAAAAAUCAUUCCGAUCGACAACAACAACAAUCAUCAGUUCCAGAUGUUGUAAUUAUUGAUGAAGAAACAAACACCAUAAUCGAAGAUGAUUCAUCAUCAACAUCAAAUGAAUCGAUUGAAUUGGUUUAUUCAUAUAUGAAUGAUACAAAUUCAAUGGAUAAAAAUACUGAAGAAGAAAUAAUGAUCAAAGAUCAGGAUGAACAACAUUUAAAAUUUGAAUCAAAUGAUAAUCAUGGUUGGAUACAAUAUGUUGAUUCACCAAAUACAAAUGAUGAUGAUAAUAAAAUUUUAUCAAUGAAAUCAUCAAAUAUAAUGAUUGAAGAUGUUUCCAAUGAACAAUCGAAUAAUAGUUCGGAUAUAGAAGUUGUACCAUUAAUUAUAGAACCAGAAAUUUCUGCAAAAGAAAAAGAAACAUUAUCAUUAACAAAAAUACAAACCGAAUUGAUUGAAUUAGCAGAGAUUUCUAUUGAUACCGAUGAUGAUGAUGAUGAAAGCGUAGAUUCAAUUACAACAUGGGUCAAACCUAAACUAUUCAAAUCGAAUAAUGAAUCGAUUUCAAUAGAUGAUAAUAAUCAACAACAAAAAUCUGAUGAAGAUAUCAAAACAAAUGAUAAUUUGGAUGUAUCAAAACAUCAAUCAUCAUCAUUAUUGGAAAAUUCUUCAAUACUACAACCGCAACAACAAAAAUCCAAUUCGAUAGAAUCUGAUUCUGUGCAGUCAACAGAAAAAAUUGAUAACCAAAUGAAUGAUGAUGUAAUAAUCAUUUCAGAUUCUUCUAUGGAUAAAUCUGAUUAUGUUUCGGUUAAAGAAACUUUAUUACCGGAUCAAAAACAACAACCAUCAGAUGGAUCAUCAUCAUCGUCAUCUUGUACGAUCGAUGAAUCUUCACAAGAAUCUUCGACAACAACUUUAUUACAAUAUGAACCAAUUGAUUAUUCCAUUACAUCAUCACCAUCGAAAAAAUCAUCAUCAUCAUCAUUAACUUUUCUAUCAAGAUCGAUGGCAAUGUUACGUGCUGUAUCGAAUUCAUUAACAAUAGGAACAUCACCAUCGAUGGAUAAAAAUGAUUCAAAAUUAUUAUCAACAAUAAAGAAUAGUAAUUCAUCACCAACAACAACUGCUAAUGUCGCUGGUACACAACGUGCAUCAUUAAUGUUGACGGCAGCCAAAGAAAAUUUCAAUAAAUCUUUAGAAUCUUUAAAUGUAACAAAAGAAUUAUCACCAGCUAAAAUUAAUAAUGAAGAUGAUUCAUCGAAUAUUGUUAAAGCCGAUGAUGAUAAUUUGGUUGUUUUACCAAAGAAAUCCAUAUUACGUACACCAAGUAAUGAAAAUUCACCAUUAACGGCCAAAAAGAAACGUGUAAUAUUUUCCGAACCAGUUGUAAGCAAUGAAUUAGUAUUUGAUCGUUCAUCGUCUAUACUUUUAUCAUCGAAUUCAACAAAUGCUGGAAAACAACAACAACCAACGAUCGGUGUUAAACGAUCUAGAUCUGAUUUAUCAGCAUUUUCAAUCGAAUCAAUUAUUGAUGAUGAUAAUAAUCAAUCAUUCAUCGUGGAUCAGGAUAAAGAUAUGGAAAAAACAUCACACCAUUCAAAUAUUGAUAGUGUAAAAGUUGAUUUGACAUCCAAUUCCAUCUUAAAUAAACAAAAUAGUAAUGAUACUAACAAUAAUGGAACAUCAAAACGUCGAAAAUUGCAACAUCAAAAAGCAACAUUAGAAUAUAAUGAUGAUAUUGGUGAAUAUUCUGGACAACAAUCAUCAUCAAAUGAUGAUUAUUUACAAAAUAUGCUCAAUUCUUUAUCGAAAAAUUGUUCAACAAUACAAACGAAUUUUGAUUCAAAAACCGAUUGGAUUAAUAAUCAUGAAAACGAUGACAAUAAUAAUGAUGAUGAUAAUUAUGAUGAAUCGGAUGAUGAAGAUUUUUAUUUUACAACAACUAAAUUUGAUAAUAAUCAACAACAAAAUUUUGAGGAUAAAGAUUCCACUUCUUCCAAUAGUAAUGAUAGUAAUGAAAAGAUUACAUCAACAACAACAAUAACAUUAUCCUUGGAUAAUGAUGAUCAGAAAAAAUUGUCAUUGACAUCGUCAUCAUCAUCAUCAUUGAAUGAAACAAAUGCAGAUAAUAAUGAUAAUAGUAAUGAUGAAAUAAUUGAUUCGAAUGAAUUGGCUUUAUUGGAAGCAUGUGCACAAAAUGAAUUUCAACCAAAACAACCAGAAACAACUAGUUCACAAGAAGAUCUUGAUGAAAUGAGAAAAUAUUUAGAUAGUUUUUCAAAUAUUUCACCAAUCAAAAAUGAUAAUAAUGAUUUAACAAAAAAUAAUGUAAUUAUAAUCGAUGAUAAUUAUAGAAAUGAAGACAUAAGAAUUGAUGAAAAUUCAACAAAAAUCAAUACAAAUCAAGAUGUUGAUAAUGAUGAUGACAAUGAUGAUGAUGAUGAUGAAAUGAUCGAUAUAAAAAUACCAUUAAAAUUGGCAAAAAAAUUUUCCAAUUAUUUAAUCAACUAUAUUAAGAUACAUGAAAAUGAAAAGAAAAAGAUUAAAUUAUUGUCCAAUAAUCAACAACAAUAACCACAACAAUAAUGAUGAUAAUCUAUAAAAAUUAAUGUGCCUAUGUAGGAAACAUAAUAAUCGAUAAAAAAAAGAAAGAAAAUACUUACCCCUUUCUCUCCACCA